AUGGAAGCGACGUUGUACAAGUCUCGCAUUGAAAUUAUGCGGCUGGAAGCGUGCAACGUCAUGGAAAGGAUUCGUAAUGCUGGCGAAGGACUAGCGAUGACGUACGACUUGUAUAUGCUUCUUAUUCGCGCUGAAGAAGCAUCAUUAAGAUCUCAAGAGGAGCUCUACCAAAGAGAAGAAGAAGGAGUGCUAAUGGAUCCAAAGUUCAUAAUGGACUUUGUAAGGAAGGAGCUCGACUUCGUCGAUAAUCUCAAACUGCAAAUGGACGCCGAAAUAAGGGAAGCAGAACUUCAAAUGGAGAACGAAAGUCGACUUCGACAAUAUGUCGGCGAAAGGUGCAUAGAACUGCAGGAACAACUAAGUAAGCAGGAUGACGUCAUCAAGUGCGCGGUGGAGAGUCUUGAGAUCCUCAAGAAAUCAGUUAGGGGUCUCAUCAAGGAACUAGUGGAGCAAAAGCAAGCCGUCCGUGAAGAGGAGGAAGACUACGAUGGAAAAAACAGGAAGGACCCAUCACCUUCCGAUGAAAACGACUGCAAUGAACCACAGUGGGAAUUGGUGGAGGAAGACGACGUCAUAGGUGCAUUGGAGUCAGGGGAGCCUGAGGCGAACUUGCAAGAAGAUACGCUGGAUGAAGUCGAUGAACACGCCGCUGGGACAAACAUACGGGAAGACACCGUUGACGGAGGUGCAUCAUACGAAAGUUCAUGGAAGGAAUCCAUAGAAGCAAGUGAUGCAUAUUCCAGAAGAGGAUCCAGUGAAACAAACGUCUCUCAAACAAUUUAUCCCGGUGCCCAAAGAAGAAAGGAGAUAGAAGCCAGAAUAACAGAAAUUAAAAUCCAGAUACACCACGGAAAGGAAAUCCCGGAGAGGAAGUUAUGCCAUGCGAACUUCAUGAGGGAGCAAGAACGCUACAUGAGAAGUGCAUUCCUCGCAAAAGGAAUGCAUUACAGUGAUUGCUGUCCUACUGUGCCUAGCGUUGAAGUGCGGAUGAACAAAAUUCGCUGUCGUUUUUGCCUGGAUACCUGA